AUGGCUAUUACAAGUAUUGACCAACAACAAAUUAUGAAUCAUAUUGAAUUACCAGAUGAAACAUUUUCUUUUAUGAAUGAAUGGGAACCACUUUUUGCUAGUGAUCAAUUUGCUGUUCUUCAAACUGGAAUUCAAGGAAUAUCUGAUAAUAAUAUUGCUACACAAAAUAGAGGUAUAUUGGCUCUUUCAUCAAAUAAUCAAAAAAAUGGAAAUAAUUAUAAUGAAAAUAAUGAUAGUGGAAAUUACCUUCAAUCACCUUAUAAUUUUAUGUUUCCUCUUCGUCCUGAUUAUGGAACUCAAGGAAGAGAAAUUCUUUUAAGAGCUAAUCAUUUCAAAGUUUCAAUGCCAAUUGGGGAUGUUGAGUAUUAUCAUGUUGAUAUUAUGCCUGAAAAAUGUCCAAGAAAAAUUAACCGCGAUGUUGUCAAAGCUUUAAUUCAAGCUUAUCCUGAAGUUUUUAAUUCUACACUUCCUGUUUAUGAUGGAAAAAAAAAUAUGUAUACAAGAAAGAAACUUCAAAUAAGUGAAAAUGAUAUUGAAUUAGAAGUUAAUGUUCCUGGGGAAACAACAAAUGAGAGGAAAUUUACUGUUGUUAUAAAAUUUCAUUCUACAAUUUCAUUGCAAAAAUUGGAAGAUUCAAUGUUAGGAAGAAUUAGAGUUGUACCAACUGAUGCUAUUCAAGCUAUGGAUGUUAUUCUUCGCCAUCUUCCUGCAACUCAAUAUACCCCUGUUGGAAGGUCAUUUUUUUCAUCUCCUCUUGCAAUAGGAGGCCCAGGUGGUAGUCAUAGUGAUUUUGGUAGACUUGGUGGAGGAAGGGAGGUUUGGUUUGGAUUUCACCAGUCAGUUCGACCGUCUGAAUGGCAAAUGAUGUUGAAUAUUGAUGUUUCUGCAACUGCAUUUUAUCGUAAAAUGAGUGGUCUUGAAUUUUUGUCUGAAGUUCUUGAAUUACCAUUUGCCUGUCUCAGUGAUAGAAGAGUUCUUUCUGAUGCACAAAGAGUUAAGUUCACAAAAGAAAUUAGGGGAUUAAAAAUUGAAAUUAAUCAUUGUGGAGAUAAACGUAGAAAAUAUCGUGUUUGUAAUGUUACUAGAAAACCUGCAAGUACUCAAACAUUUCCACGUACUUCUGAAGAUGGACAGGUUCAUGAAACUACUGUAGCAAAGUAUUUUGCUGAAAAAUACAGAUUAACAUUGAAAUAUCCACAUCUACCAUGCUUACAAGUUGGUCAAGAACAUAAACAUACUUAUCUUCCAAUUGAAGUAUGUGAAAUUGUAUCUGGACAACGUUGUAUAAAAAAACUUACAGAUACACAAACAUCAACCAUGAUUAAAGCAACUGCCAGAAGUGCUCCUGAAAGGGAGAAAGAAAUAAGUAAUUUGGUUAAAAAAGCUGAAUUUUGCAAUGAUCCAUUUGCUGCUGAAUUUGGAAUUGCUAUCAAUCCAUCUAUGAUUGAAUUAAAAGGAAGAGUCCUUCAAGCUCCAAAACUUCUUUAUGGUGGUAGAAAUAGAACUACUGCUUUACCAAAUCAAGGAGUUUGGGAUAUGAGAAACAAACAUUUUCAUACAGGUAUUGAAGUAAAAGUUUGGGCAAUUGCUUGUUUUGCUCAAUCAGUACAUGUCAAAGAGAGUGAUCUUAGAAAUUUUACUACCAGUCUUCAAAGAAUAUCUUCUGAUGCUGGAAUGCCACUUAUUGGUUCACCAUGUUUUUGCAAAUAUGCAGUUGGAGUUGACCAAGUUGAAGCAAUGUUUACAUAUCUAAAACAACAAUACAAAGGUUUACAACUUGUUGUUGUUGUUCUUCCAGGAAAAACACCUGUUUAUGCUGAAGUUAAGAGAGUAGGAGAUACGGUUCUUGGAAUUGCUACACAAUGUGUUCAGGCAAAAAAUGUCAUUAAAACAACACCGCAAACUUUAUCAAACUUAUGUUUAAAAAUGAAUGUUAAAUUAGGUGGAGUUAAUGCAAUUCUUCUUCCAAGUGUACGUCCACAAAUUUUCAAUGAACCAAUUAUUUUCUUGGGUGCAGAUAUUACUCACCCUCCUGCUGGGGAUUCUAGAAAACCAUCUAUUGCUGCUGUUGUAGGUUCAAUGGAUGCACAUCCAUCAAGAUAUGCUGCCACUGUUCGUGUUCAACAAAGUAGAAGUGAAAUUAUUUCUGAUAUGGCUUAUAUGGUUAGAGAUUUAUUAAUUCAAUUUUAUAGAAAUACACGUUUUAAGCCAACUAGAAUUGUUCUUUAUCGUGAUGGAAUUUCUGAAGGCCAAUUUCUUAAUGUCCUUCAAUAUGAGCUUCGUGCUAUUAGGGAAGCUUGUAUGACUCUUGAAAAAGGAUAUCAACCUGGAAUUACGUACAUUGCUGUACAGAAACGUCAUCAUACAAGAUUGUUUGCUGUUGACAAGAAAGAUCAAGUAGGAAAAGCUCAAAAUAUUCCACCAGGAACAACUGUUGAUAGUGGAAUUACACAUCCACUUGAAUAUGACUUUUUACUAUGCUCACAUGCAGGAAUUCAAGGAACAUCAAGACCAUCUCACUACCAUGUUCUUUGGGAUGAUAAUCAAAUUCCAGCUGAUGAACUUCAACAAUUAACUUAUCAAAUGUGUCAUACAUAUGUUCGAUGCACAAGAUCUGUUUCUAUUCCAGCUCCUGCUUAUUAUGCCCAUUUAGUUGCUUUUCGUGCUCGUUAUCAUCUUGUUGAUCGUGAGUAUGAAUCUGGAGAAGGAUCCCAACCAUCAGGAACUUCUGAAGAUACUACUUUAAGUAAUAUGGCUAAAGCUGUUCAAGUUCAUCCUGAUGCUAAUAAUGUCAUGUAUUAUGCUUAG